AUGCGUCCGCUGCAACAUCGGUUCAAGAGUAGCGCUCUGGACCGAAAGAAUCCAAUUAGCAGUCCGAAAGGCCCAGACAUGACCAAGUCCGCACAGAAGCCAAGCACCGAGACUCCGCGGCAUGCCUUGGUGAUGAGCAAACACCGUGCCCUGGAAAUCCUGCACGGCAAGCGAACAUGGGAACUGCGAGGCACACAACUGCACAAGCGAGGCCGGUUUUGCAUAGCGGCCAGACGAGAACACCUGAUCUAUGGAGAAGUCGAUUUCGUGAACAGCAUCCCCGUGGGCAGGAAAGUGGACGAUAAAUGGCAGCCCUACAACCAGGAACCGAAAGCGAAGGAGAACUUCUUUAUGAACCCGAAAAACACGACAAAGCACAACGACGCGAACUUCCAUCGAGACUACCGGAUCGUGCACGCCUGGGUGCUCGAGAAUCCACAAGCUUACAAGGAGCCCGUGCUGUACAAGCCCAUCAAAGGACCGCUAUGGCAACCCCUGUCAGAGGAAACCUGCAUGGCGACCACGCAACAAAGAAGCUCCGCGGAAGAAAGUUCAACAGACCCGAACAAAAGCAGGCCACAAACAGACAAACAGAAAGAAGCACGAGACUCGAGGCCAUCUUCUGUCUCACGCUGA